AGCUGCGAUUGGUUCUCGUGAAACAUUAAUUCUGUAAUUUAGAGUAUAAGAAGACUUUGAAACAUUAGACUUGACCAAGGACAGAAACAACACAGCCAGGACGCCAUAUAUUUUAAUUUGUCGAGGUUAUUCCUGAAGGUCAGACUAUGCAGAACCCUCAUCCACUUCAUAUCGUCACUCCACUAAGAGAGAGUCUGCCACUCUCUAAUAUAGCAGGAACAGCUGUAUAUCUGAAGCUGGACUCAUGUCAGCCUACAGGCUCGUUUAAAAUCCGAGGCAUCGGUCACUUGUGUAAGAUGAGGGCAGAAACUGGCUGUACUCGAUUUGUCUGUUGCUCAGGAGGCAACGCUGGCAUGGCUGCUGCCUAUUCUGCACGGAAGUUGGGAGUGCCUGCCACUAUAGUGGUGCCCAGUGUUACCCCUUCAGGCACUGUGCAGAGACUUUAUGAUGAAGGGGCUGAUGUUGUCAUUCAUGGCAAAUCAUUGAACGAGAGCCUUGAAUUUGGACAACAGCUUGUGUCUAACAAUCCAGACUGGGUAUUCAUCUCUCCCUAUGACGAUCCCCUUAUUUGGGAAGGUCACACCACUCUGGUGAAGGAGCUGGAGUCCCAGCUGGAUGGGAAGCCAGGAGCAGUGGUUUUGUCUGUGGGAGGUGGUGGCCUCUUGAAUGGGGUUGUGGAAGGUCUCCGCCGUGCUGGUUGGGAAGAUGUCCCCAUCAUUGCUAUGGAAACAGUAGGCGCUCACAGCCUCAAUGCAGCCAUGAAGGUGGGAGAGCUGGUUACACUGCCCUCCAUCACUAGUGUUGCUACCACGCUGGGCCUGACACGAGUAUCAUCUCAAACAAUGAAGCUUGUGGGUGAGCACACUGUUUACUCAGAGCUGGUCACAGAUCAGGAAGCUGUAUGGGCAGCUGAGCGUUUCAUUGAUGAUGAAAAGAUUUUAGUUGAACCUGCUUGUGGUGCUGCUCUUGGAGCCAUCUACUGCAAUAUCAUUAAGCGUCUUCAGAAGGAGAAUAAGUUGACUCAGGAGUUGGGACCAGUGGUGGUGGUUGUGUGUGGUGGCAACAACAUCAGCAUAGAGCAAUUGCAUAGUCUAAAGAAACAAUUGGGAAUGACCGGCUAGACAAGGACAUAUCCAGAUACACUGUAAUUUUUUGGGGGGAUGUAAAUAUAAUGAACAUCCUACAUUUAGAGUUAGAAAUUUUGACGACUAUACUAUUUACCUUAUCAUGCUUGUUUGCUAAGUAGGUCUACAAAUGCACUGCUUUGCAAAAGUAUUCAACCCCCUUAAAAGUGAACAGAUUUGUCUGCAUAAGUAUUCAACCCCUUCAGCAGGGCUGUGCACAGGCAUUUUGAGGGGCAGUAGUUCUGAAAGAUCUUGAUAACCUCAUCUUUUAUGAUUGGGAUUUGCUUCUCGAUGGCCAGAAGCAGAAAGAGCCUCAAAUAGAGAAUGAAUAACAAGAGAAUCAGAGACCGAAUGAAUAACAAAAUCUUUUACAAUCAUAUUAUAAAUAGUUAGGCGUAAUUCUCAAUGUAGUUAAUGUUGUUGUAAUAACUAAUCCUUUUAAAGAAUUCGAUGUCUAUCUUUCUUCUUAUCACACUCUUCCUAGCGCGUCCCUUUACAGUCAGCCAGUAUAACCCUCUCACCUGUAUCUGUCUGAUUUAGCUCCUGAUGCUCAUUGGGCUCUCCCUCGAUCUCUGAGCCUGCCUCUGACUCAUACUGAACUGAACUAUUAGAAAUUUAAUUUACUGUUAUACAGCAUACAGUGCCCUCCACUAAUAUUGGCAGCCUUGGUAAAUAUGAGCAAAGAAGGCUGUGAAAAAUUGUCAUUAUUGUUUAACCGUUUGAUCUUUUAUUCAAACAAUUCAAACGCCAGCGUGGACCUAGAAAUUUGAAGGAUCCGGAGAGAUUCUGUAUGGAGGAAUGGUCUCAGAUCCCUUGCCAUGUAUUCUGCAGAGCUCUUGAUAUGCUUGACUGGUGCACCUUCACUCCAGUCUCAGCCACAGAAUUCUGUAGCCCCUUUAAAGUCUUACUGUAACUUCCCUCACAAGUCCCCUUCAAGCUCCGAUGCUUGAGUUUUACGGGACAGCCUUGUCUAGGCAGUGCCUAGGUAGUAUGGUGCAGAUUCCAUUUCCUCACAACUGAUCCAACAGUGCUUACUGGAAUAUCCAAAAUCCAACUUGGAUAUUAUUUUGUAGCCUUUUCUUAUCUUCUGCAUGUCUAUAACUUUGUAAUAUCCUUAAAAUGCUGUUUGGUCUUCAGUUUGACAGCCUUCCAUCAGAUUCACAAUCUGAUCAAUGGUACUUGCAGUAAGAGGUCUUUUAUCGAGAAAGGGGGACCUUUCAAAUGAUUCACAGGCAGAGGCCAAUUGUAAGCCAAAUGUGUCCUCGGUAGGCCAAUCUUGCAUCACUGUAAACUUGGAGCUUCUACAGGACAGGGGUUGCAAGCUAAAUUUUUAGGUUUUUAUCAUUUCUUAAAGAUCUGCUGACAAAUAAUGAGUUUGGUUUGCAAAAAGGUUCUGUCUGGUACAAUCUGUGUAAGUGUAUCUGUAAGCUUGAUGAAUCUGAUGACUUUUAAUGGGGUUGAAUACUUUUGCAAGGCACUUUAUAAUUCCACACCUGACUGACUUUUGUACACCCACAGCUGGGGCUAAAUCAUUCCAGAAUGUCUAGCUUUACUGAAAUUUCCUAGAAAUGUCAUUUAGUCAAGAAUUCUAAAGAAGAGACUGAAAGUGGUGUUUUUGAAAUAUAUCAAGUUCUUGCCUAGAAGUGUGUAGGUGUGUGGGUUGAAAAUGUUUUCCAGGUUUUCCAUGUCUUGUGAAAUGUACAAUGUUUGUGUUUUAGAUUUAAUCUGUCUAAUGUAACAUGAAUCUUAUUUUAGCAAUUAAAUGUUUGUUUCUGUUCACUUUAUGUAUAUUUAUAUUAGUAUACAUAUGUUUGGAAACCCCUGGCCAAAUGACACAGUGAAAGAAGUAAACAACCUUUGCAAAAAGCAAUAAAAUGUUUGUUUUUUA